AAAACUCAUCAAAUGCGACUACAUGCUCAGAAGUAGCUAGUUGCUCUCUUUUACUCUGCUUGCGUCGGGUGUAAUAUCAUCAGAAUGAUGCGUCCGAAAUCAACAAUUGCUGUUUUAUGUUUGGUUGCUACUUUCACUAUACCGCUGGUCAAUGGCUGUCACAACGCCGAACACCAACAGCAAAGAAGACGUCGAAGAAGUGAAUCUGAUUUACCAGAUAAUUCUGUUCGAGUCUAUUUCCGCGAAUGUUUGAAUAGGAUUACCGUAACGGAUGGCUGGUACUGGAGAUCGGUUGUUGACUACGUUGUGAAGUAUUCGGAUUGGUACAGAGGUGCAAAUACUGAACAGUGCUAUGGUGUGAACGAUAAUAUCCAAUGCUGGACAAAUGCUAUUCAAGACUUUUUGGUUGGUGGCUCUACUUCCUUGACUCCAGUAGAAAGUUGCAUCGUCUCAUUUGGAGAUUUUUCUGAUACUUUUCUAACCUCCCUAACAGAUGCCACAGAGGACGAGCUGGAAGUGCUCGCCCAGGUUUCUCUAAAAAAUCACUACGGAUCAGCAGCGGAUAUGUAUGCAUCAGGUGGGCACGCCGACACUAGUUCGUCAUGUCCUAUUCGCAACCCUCAUGAAUACAACAACUGCAUAGUGGAAACCUUAAGCGGUACGAAAGAUACAUUUGACGUCUAUGACUACGACUCUGUUAUUAACUUCAUGCAACAAGAAUCUACCUGUGAAUCAAAUUGUCAGUGUACGUCCAUCUACAGUCGAAGUAGCGACAUUGUAACGUACUACACAAACAAAGGGCUAUCUUGUGACCAAUGUUGGCCUACAAAACUAGCAGGAACUUUCACAAGAGACUCCAAGCUGACGACAGUGUAUUCGGCCAUGCUGAGAUGCUCAUCCUUGGUUUCAGAAUACUACAAAUAGAGGAACACCUUGACCUUUAUUGAUUUAGACGGAGAUAAUCUACAAAUAAAUGAGUAAUGUGAUUUUCCACGAAUAUAUUCUUGAUGUGAUGCUUUUAUUAACUUUUUGGUGUUCUGUAUCAUCUUGAAGUAUAUAUA